CAGAAAUACACCGUUCAACCCGUCGGCAUCUGGGGCAGGAUACACAAAUUCUUUGCUCUCGACCCAGCGCGAUCAUCCGGCGUGCCUCUCAACCCUCAAUUCCGGAACCCACCGCCAGGCGGCAACGAUCCACUCGAAUACACGGACGCAGUCACAACACCUGCCGCCGACAUCGCCGACAACCCGUACUGGAAGCGCGACGUGCGCAGGUCGUAUCCGAAGCUGUCCGUCGUGACGCAGCCGGAUGUGGUGGGAUUGUUGAGUGUGGGAUCAGCGGCGGCGCCGAAAGAGGACGUGUUGAAGAUUGGCGACGCGGGAAAGAACCAGCUGGUGGAGGUCAAGCAGGAGGGUGAGAAGGGCUUGAGCACGUACUUUGAGAAGAACAAGGGCACAUUCGCAAGUGUGUUGGGAUCAGAUGGCUUGCCGCCACUUCCGCCAUCAAUGAACAGGCAGGGAGGAAAG